AGCCAGUAAAUAAGUGCGGGGUGCCAGGUUGGCCUACCUCACAGGGUUCUUGAGAAGGUCUAAAGGAGCACAAGAGUUGCCGGGGUUCUUUCUGGAUGUAAAUUUAAUAGUGUUAUAAUGGGUCUUUGCACUGCCAGCCGGUUGUUUAUGUUGGAUUUGCCAUUUUUAUCAACCUGUCAAGUCUUUAUCCAGCUUCUGUGAGUUUAUUUUGGAUUUAGCUACCUGGAUGAAACAGCAGCAGUAAAAGAACAUUUGCCUGGAAUGUUGUGGAUAUAUAAGGAUAAUCACAAUCUCUGCAAGCAUGAGAUAUGGAAAACCUGGGAUUGGUGAAUCCAGAGCAAGAAGUACCAAGAGCGGAUUCUAAGAAUACUCACAACUCGCUUGAUCAUAACAAAAGUAACAACAGUCCUUUAUUCAACCCAGAUGUCGUCUCUAGUUUCUUGGACAAAGCUGACUCUUCUGCAGUAACUGAAGAGACCAGGUGGCUACAGUUGUUCAGACUGGUGGAGAGGCAGUGCCAAGAACAGAUAGUCGCUCAGCAAAAACUGUUUUAUCAUCAAAUACAUCACAUACAAAAUGAAAUCAGGCGCUUGGGGACACUGCAAACUAAAAAGACGUGCUCGUGUCCCAAACUGGCCUCUUCCAUCAGACUUUCAGACAGCUGCCUGUUGCUAGGAGGUCAGAUGGGGUUGAAGGCCGACGCUUCUGAAGAACACGAGCUCUUUACCAGUCAGUUCCACCCCAGCCAUGCUGACAACCAGGCAGAUGCUUCCGUCAUGCGCCAGGAGGGCCUGACAAAGAGUGUUUUAGUAAGCAGCGGAUAUGGUACGUUAUCUACUGCGGAACUGAGUCCUGGCAAAUGUGAUGACCUUCAGGCAUGCAUGGAAAACUCGGAUACGAUGACCAAGCGGCAGAACUGUCCAGCGCCAGCCCUGGAGGAUGCAGUUGUGGGCAGCAUUCAGGACAAAAGAGAAUGUUUGCAAACCGCAACAGGACAUUCUCCACCUCUGAAGGGGAACGAUGGCGAUUUCCCCACUCAGCUGGAGCAUCCGAUUCACGAAGGUCACCCUGAGGAAGCAAGUUGCAAAUCUUUAACCUCUUGGGCUCAAAAGAUGAAACAAAACCAGGUGAAAAAAACAACCGUGGAAGAGGAGACCCCACCGGGAACAAAGCAAACCAUUGACAGGACCAAUGACGUUGCUGCUGCUGCUGCUGCUGUGCCAUCCACCACUCCGUUUUACCUCAAUCAGCAAAGUGGAAGCCAAAAUUCUUUGGUCUCUCUUUCUUCAGGGCUGACCUAUUGGAAAUUAGACGAGAAGGAGAUGUACCGAGCAUUGCCUAAGAAUUUGGGAAAUGAAUUCCUUACCUUCUCAACAAAAGCUUCUUCAGAAGAGCUGUCUUCCAGUAACGAGCUGAAGCCUAUAUCCUUAAAGGAUAUUUAUCAUAAGAAACAGAAGGAAGAUAAGCCACUUGUAGAGUGGAAUUUCACCCCCCUGCACUCAACUCAUCCCCCAGAGAUCCUGACCCUCGACCCAACGCUCCACAUGAAACCAGGCGAGCUGAACACGGAACGGCGUCUGCCCAGGUUCUACGCCAGCCCAGAACAAGCUCCCUUGUCUCCAGAUUCCAUGGCAGAUCCUGUGGCUUUUUCCCUUCCUUCGGAGGUGGAUUCGUUUUCCCACACGAGCACUGUGGUAUCCCCUCGCUCCACCGAGUCUCCCCGAUACGCCUCUUGCUCGGCAGCCUUGCACGCAGAUUCCUGGGGCAGCUGUGAGUUUCAGAACACAGCCGAUGUCACCGGCUCUCAUCAUCCAAAUGACGAGAUUUUAGACAUGGAGGACGAGAACUUAACCCUCACGCCGUCUUCAGUGGCCCGGCACCCAAUUCCGUCUGCUGAGAAUCCUUUGACGCAGCACGAACUUUCGCUUGCUUGCGUAGAAGAUCCCCUGGUCCUCUCCAAGAUUAGGCAGAAUUUGAGGGAAAAACACAUCCGGCACAUAGCUGAUCUCCGAGCGUAUUACGAGUCCGAAAUUCUCAGUUUAAAGCAGCAGUUAGAAGCAAGCCAUACCUCUCCUUCUGAAGAAAUGAAGAAAAUCAAUCAAAAUCUUAUGGACAGGUGUGACCAGCUAGAAACUGCUCUGCACGAAGCCAACAGCCGUGUGCGAUCCCUCGAAAAUAAAAACAAGGCCUUAGAGAUGGAAGUAACAGAUUGGUGUGAGCGCUUCAGUGCCAUCAGCAACAGCACCAAGUCCUUGCAGGAGCGCAUCGAACAAAUGCGCACGAGUAGCAAGGACAAAGACAACACCAUCACUCGCCUCAAGAGAAGGCUCAAAGAUCUGGAAGAGGCCUUUGAGAAAGCCUACAAGCUCUCCGAUAACAAGGAUGCCCGGUUAAAGGAAGAGAAUAAGAUGUUUCAAAAUCUUUUGGGAGAAUACGAAUCGCUUGGGAAGGAGCAUGAACGGGUUAAGGAUUCUUUGAAUAUUACUGAGAACAAAUUACUGGAUGCGCACACUCAGAUUUCUGAUUUGAAGAGAACAGUCUCGAAACUUGAAACUCAGGUCAAGCAAUUAGAACAUGAAAACUCGCUCAAAUUUCGUUCCCUUGCCGAGGGACACUUUGGACCAUCCUACGCCAGCAAAUUAGAAAGCUUUGAUGUGAGCAGAAGGAAGUGGCUGAUCCCAGGAUCCGAAUUUUCAAUCUUUACCGGCCAGCCUUUGGCAGCUGAAGAAAGUCCCAACAACAACCGGCUUGAAAAAGAGUUCACCUCUCUUCGGCGUCACUCUCCUCCAGAGAAGGAUCCCUCUCCAAAUGGUCUCUUCACCAACGAAGCCAUUCAGAAAGAGAUCAAAACCCAAGAAAUCCCCAUCCUCAAAGCCUUUAAAGAAUUUGAGGAAAGGAAGGCUUUGAAGAACCGAGGCGCCCAGGCAGAGAAAGAGGAAGAGGCCACAGCAGAGACCAACAAAACACUUGUUCGGUGUCCGGUUGUGGGGUUCACUGAGACAUCCUUAGGUACAAGCCGUUCGCCCGAGAAGAGCAAAGAGCAACCGAGGCACAAAAAAUUCAACUCGUCCCAGCGAUCUUCAUCGCUCCCACCUUCAAACAGGAAGACAAAUACGCCAACCAAGCGGGAGACCAUGUUGACUCCGGUGGCCGUGACCUACAGCCCCAAGCGCUCCCCCAAAGAAAAUUUGUCCCCGGGUUUCAGCUACUUUCUCAGCAGAAACGAAGACGCGGUGACCAGAUUUGAUAUCCGUCUGGAUGACGUUGUCGCUGGGCCCGCUCUGCACUACGGCAGCCCACGAAAAAGGCUUCAGUUUUGCUCAGGAGGCGACACAGAAGGACUGCAGCCCAGUUGCCCAGAAAACCGCCAAGGUUCCAAGUCUUCCUCCUACCCACAACCUCUGCGUUCCCGAGCAAACAGAGAUUCCUCAAGGGAAAGUUAUGAAGAGGGUCGCUCUGCCACCAGCAGCGAGUCGGGAUCGUCUUUGGCCCCUCCGGCGCCUUACGAGCCCGAAUUCAAGUACGUUUCCAGGAUUAGGACCUUGGCAGAGACCGAGAGGCUGUUUGACGAGCUGACUCAAGAAAAGCAGCAGAUUGAGUCCCAGCUGAGCCGAAUUCCUUGCGCCAGAGGAAGGAUGACGCUACAGGCCCGGCUGAAUCAGGAAGCUCUGGAGGAUCGCCUGGAAAGAAUUAAUCGAGAAUUGGGAUCCAUCCGUAUGACCCUGAAGAGAUUCCAGAUUUUACGCACCUCCGCAAACAUUUGAGAGGACCCGACUUUUAAGACUCAUACCCCUUUAUUUGCACUAAAGUACAAUAAUUAUGCAAACCGGUUUUGUAUUUUUCUAAACCUUCCCCUGCCUUUUUACAAUCAUGUCCUCUGCACACAAUUCCCCCCCCCCCCCGAUAUUUUGUACUGAGCCACGUAUUUAAAAGAAAAACAACCCUAUUUUUUUUUUAUACCGAAAGGAGUCGAUCUGUCAGGUUUUUUUGUAUUUUGCUACUUUUGAAGACGCGGGGUAUUUUCGAAAAACAGCAGACCUGAAUUCUUUGUAAGCCUAGAGACACUGAGAGGGCAGCUCGUUUUUUUGAGACAUUUAUCGUGUUGUGAUUGAUUUGAUGGUGCUCAUCACUUUUAGAGGUUCAAAGCCAAGCCUGUCAUGUGAAGUACGUACGUACAAAGUGGGGACUUUUUAAAUCGAUGCUAACAGGACGCACAGCCUUUUUCCGAGGAAGUGAGCUGCAAGGAAACAUUUCUUAGCUUAAAAUUCAAAACUGCAUCUUCUUUUCCCAAGCUCCUUUGCCACGUUACAGUGCAGUGUUACCAACAAAUCAAGAAAGUUGGAAAAUAAACUAUUGCAAUAUCCAUCUCAUUGCAUUCCAGGGAGUUUGAGAGAGAUCAGAAGUUCUCUUUUUUAAACCACUAGCUUUUAUUUGGCAUGCUUUAUCGCGAAAUAUGAAUUAAAAUUAAGUGUCUAAAGUGAA